GUGGCGGCGCGGCGGGGCGGUGCUUCCUGCGGGCGCGUGGGUGCCCGAGCGGCCCCCCAGCCGCCAUGGCGGCCUUGCUGCGGCGGCGGCGGGGGCUGCUGCCCGCCCUGAGCGCGGCCGCGGGCCGGUGGCGGCGCGGCCGCAGGCUCGGGCACGGCGCGGCCGGGCGGCUGCUGGUCUCCCGGCUUUUCCAGCCGCGGAGUUUGCGGGAGGGCGGCGAGGCGGGCUGGGAGGGCCGCCCGGGGCCGGGGCCGGGGGAGGCGGGCUGCCGCAGCCAGAAGCUGCUGGUGCAGGGGGGGCUGAUCUGCCCCGCCGCGCCCGGCUGCUACCACUACCUGCCCUCGGCCGUGCGGGCCGUGGAGAAGCUCGUCGCGGUGAUCGACGGGGAGAUGCGGGCCGUCGGCGGGCAGAAGCUGAGCAUGCCCAGCUUGAGCACGGCGGAGCUGUGGCGGGCCAGCGGCCGCUGGGACCGAAUGGGCCGCGAGCUCUUCCGGCUGGCCGACCGGCACGGCAAGGACUACUGCCUGGGGCCCACGCACGAGGAGGCGGUGACGGACCUGGUGGCCGCUCAGAUCAACCUCUCCUACAAGCAGCUGCCCCUCCGCCUCUACCAGGUCACGAGGAAGUUUCGGGACGAGCCCAAGCCCCGCUUCGGCUUGCUGCGCAGCCGGGAGUUUUAUAUGAAGGACAUGUACACCUUCGACGCCUCCGAAGAGGCGGCACGCCACACCUACGGCCUGGUGUGCGACGCUUACCGCCGCGUGUUCGAGGCCCUGGGCCUUCACUUUGUGCAGGUGCAGGCGGACACAGGCAGCAUCGGGGGCACCAUGUCGCAUGAGUUCCAGCUCCCGGCCGACAUCGGCGAGGACAGGCUGGCCCUGUGCCCCGCCGGGCAUUUUGCGGCCAACGUGGAAACGAUGAGCACAGAGCAAACGACUUGUCCCACGUGCAGGGAACCGCUAACCCUGACCCGGGGGAUUGAAGUGGGGCACACGUUUUAUCUGGGCACCAAGUACUCCUCGGUGUUCAAUGCUACCUUCUACUCCGCCGAGAACAAGCUCCAGCUGGCAGAAAUGGGUUGCUAUGGCCUGGGCGUCACUCGCAUCCUGGCAGCAGCCGUGGAGGUGCUUUCCACGGAGGACAGCAUCCGCUGGCCGGGCCUCAUUGCCCCCUACCAGGUCUGCUUCAUUCCCCCCAAGAAAGGCAGCAAGGAGGAGGAGGGAGCCGCGCUCAUGGAGCGCCUGUACGAUGACCUUGCUGAAGCUGUGCCUCAGCUCGCCGGCGAGUUGGUGCUGGAUGACCGGACUCAGCUGACCAUUGGCAAAAGACUAAAAGACGCCAACAAGCUGGGUUAUCCCUAUGUGGUAAUAGCUGGAAAGAGGGUUUGUGAUGAUCCCCCUGUGUUUGAGGUUUGGAGUCAGAAUGCUGGCGAGGUCAUGUUCCUCACCAAGGAGGGUGUCAUUGAGUUGCUGAGUAAAGUGCGGGUCCCCUAAAAUCGCGGUCUCUGAAUCUGUGAUCUGUGCUGCACUGAACGUGUGUGAAUAGCCCCGGGUCCUUUUCAAGGAAUCGCAGGAAUUGUGUGUACCCUCGUGCCGCUUGUGGGGUGAGCCCCUGGCUGCCCGCACGGGGCAGGCGGCUGGCCUCUCCCCCGUAGACUGCACAGAGCAGCAGAGGCAGCAGCGCGGGAGGGUUUUCUUUCAGCCUCUUUCAGACAGUGAAUUAUUGAAUGCUGGAUUUUAAGAGGGAGAGAAAAGGGGGCUCUUCUCUGGUGAAAGCGAGAGCCCUUUUCACUGUGAAAAUGCCUUAGCAAUAUGAAUCUGCAGGAAAUAAAAUGAAGACUGGU